AUAUAUCUUUGCGACCAGUCGCUUGUUGAACUUGAACCAGAAAGCAGUGAUAUUCGGACGUUAUUGGAGGAAUUGUUCUUAAGCGCGCUUUGCGGAAAAUAUGUUGCGAUCGUUUUUGAUGCUGUUGAUGCUGGGUUCUGCGGUUCUGGCAGGACCGGUAAUUCGCGAUGAUAAACGUUUAAAUAGAGGUGAUUUAGAAAGCAGUGCAACUCCGGAAGCUAGUACCACUUCAGUUCCAGAUACUACACUGCCGGUGCAUGCGGCAGAAACUAGCCCGGAAACGUCGAGUGUUGCAGUAGAAGUAUCAACAGAUGCCGCGGUAACUACGCUCGCUGCAGUGCAAACCUCCAGUGCAGUUCCUCAGCCUUCUUCAACGGCAGUGACGCCUGCUAAGCCGCGUAAAACCGUAACUUUUGAUCAGCGACAGGAGGGCAAGUUCAACAUUCGAGCUGAUUUGGAGAAUUUCGUUAUCGUUGUCGUACCAUCGUCUUCGUCAGCCGGAAUUUCACUUUUAGAUUUGCUCAAUCGUUCUGGUCAGAAAAAACAGCAGCAGAAAAAGUCGGCUCAUCGCAAGGGAGUCAAACAUCAUUCCGGCCAGAAAAAAGUGCAGAAUGUGACCCCAGAGGUGGUCGUGUUGGAUGAUGUUCAAUCACAGGCACGGGUAGUUAAUGAGGAGUUCAUCGAAGGACGCACCCCGUACAAAGUGGACAUUUCUAGUACUGGUCGCAGCAGUAACUCAGAGCUUCCAUCGACGAUCUAUCGCGUCGUACGACCAUUCACCGUCAACGUAGAACAGCCAACUUCGUCAAACAUGAUUCGUUUCCCCGCGUCGUCAGGUAAUUAUGUUAAUUCCAUAAGAGAGGCCAAAUCGUUGCCUGUGAUGUCGGCGACACCAUUCGAUGACGAAAUUAGAACUAAUACCGUAUUCGCUAUACUAACAAAUAACAACAAUGGUGAUGGUGGGAUCGAUCCUAUCGAGGCUACUGAUGAUGAUGACGAUCAUAAUAAUUACCUGAUGAUGGGGCAACGGACAUAUCUUGAUUUACCUGCUUCUCCUGAUUCUUCGUUCGUUAGCCUAGAGUACCCCCUGUCCGAUGUCGACAUGACGAAACUGCAACUGCAAGAGGACAACGAAGGGAACGGUGAUGGAUGGGAAUUGAAGUUGAUCGGUGCCCAGGAGCAGUGCGGUCCCGAUCGCAAACGUGACAGCUAUGGCGUGUGUCAAUUCGUCACACCGUAAGGUGUACCGCUUUUUCUCAAAACGGUUAGCGUUUAAGGUAUAUUUAUUAAUUGCUUAAUUUAUUAUAGACAACAUAAGUGCCAAAUAAAUGAAGAAUAUCAUGCGUAA